AGAUUCAAAAGCAGGGCAAUCCAUGAAGGCAACACUACGGUACUUAGCAGGCAUUGCUGGCCCAAGUGGUUUUGGCUCAAAUUCAACAGCUGAGCAAGUCACUGAGGAUUGCUCUUCCUUGUUCCUUUCAAAUCUAACCGCUUUAAUCACUGGUGGGACUUCUGGUAUUGGAGCUGAAACAGCUAGGGUGUUAGCAAAGAGAGGAGUGAGGGUUGUGAUUGGUGCCAGGGACUUGAGAAAGGCCAGGGAAGUCAGAGAGAAAAUCCAAGAGGAGAGUCCAAAUGCUGAGGUUAUUCUGUUGGAGAUUGAUCUUAGCUCUUUUGCUUCUGUACAGAGAUUUUGUUCAGAGUUUUUAGCAUUAGAAUUGCCCCUUAAUAUUCUCAUAAACAAUGCAGGAAUGUACUCUCAACACUUGGAGUUCUCAGAAGAGAAAAUUGAAAUGACAUUUGCUACAAAUUACCUAGGUCAUUUCUUGUUAACAAAAAUGCUACUAGAGAAACUGAUAGAUACUGCAAUGAAGACUGGCAUUCAAGGCAGAAUAAUAAACAUUUCCUCUGUGAUUCAUAGCUGGGUGAAAAGAUCUGGCUUUUGUUUCAACGACAUGCUCUGUGGAAAAAAUUAUAAUGGCAGACGCGCAUAUGCUCAGUCAAAAUUGGCCACAAUUCUGCAUGUGAAGGAAAUGGCCAGACAGCUGAAGGACAGGAAUGCAAAUGUCACGAUUAACGCAGUGCAUCCAGGCAUUGUGAAAACGGGAAUUAUUAGAGCACACAAGGGCUUAAUAACGGAUUCCCUGUUUUUCAUUGCAUCCAAGUUAUUGAAAACCAUAUCACAGGGUGCAUCAACGACGUGUUAUGUUGCUCUAAGCCCACAAAUAGAAGGGGUGAGUGGGAAAUACUUUACAGAUUGUAACGAGAGUAGCUGCUCAAGUCUUGCAAAUGACGAAUCCGAAGCUAAAAAGCUAUGGAACGACACUCAUGCCUUGCUUCACAAACGGCUACGUCAAGCAGCAAGUUGAAGUCUUCGUCCCUAUCCCCACCCUCCUUUUUCUAGAUCAAAAGUCUUCUACACAAACACAAUGUGUAUAUAUAAUA